UGAAGUUUGUUGACAUAAACCAAGAGAGAUACAGUAGUUCUGUUCACAGGUUUCGUGUGGUAUAGAAAUGAUUCUUUACUUAUUUAUUUAUUUUUUACUGGGACAAGCAUAUUCUACAUUGCUUAAUCGUAAAAUUAAGUGGUGGUGAAAAUAUAGUGAAACUUUUUUUUUUUUUUUUUUUUUCUCAAAAAUGUGGAGCGCCCUCUAUUAAACCUGUCGGGAAGUAGUUUAAGUGACUGCUUGAGGCUUAAGAUCUCUUAUCUACGGAGUUUCUUAUCGCGUGGCAGGAGCCACCUUUAUUGACGGAAGAUAACAUACUGAACAGAGAAAGUGCUGACUGGCUUAUAUCAGAAGCAGAUAUUCCAUCAUGGAUUUGGCAAUAGAUGAUAACAAGAGCAUUGGAAGACGAGCGCAUGUCAGUCCAUUUCAACUUGUCCAGCAUCUGUUUGGAUUGCUGCUGCUGAUCUCCCUGCAUGUCGACACCUUCAAGCAGAACAUACCAAGACUCAAGCUGUCAUAUAAAGAACUGCUGUUCUCAAACAGUUGCAUGCCAUUCUUGGGCUCAGCUGACGGGCUCAAUUUCCAAACCCUGCUGCUGGAUGAGGAAAGGGGACUCCUCCUGCUUGGAGCCAAAGACCACAUUUUUCUGCUUAGCUUAGAUGAUUUAAACAAGAACCCGCAGAAGACAGAGUGUGCAAAUUUCAUCAGGAUUCUUCACGGCUAUAACAAGACUCAUGUGUAUGCCUGUGGCACAGGAGCCUUCCACCCUGUGUGUGGAUUUAUUGAAACUGGAGGCCGUGGCGAGGAAACCACAUUUCAUCUGAAUAAACAGAGUUUGGAGUCUGGAAGACUGAAAUGCCCCUUUGAUCCUUGGCAGCCAUUUGCUUCUGUUUUAACAGAUGAGUACCUUUAUGCUGGGACGGCAUCAGAUUUUCUUGGCAAGGACACAGCGUUCACUCGUUCUCUGGGACCGCCACAUGAUCGACAUUACUUAAGAACUGAUAUUUCUGAACACUAUUGGAUAAAUGAGGCGAAGUUUAUUGCAGCUCAUCCUAUUCCAGACACCUACAAUCCUGAUGAUGAUAAGAUCUACUUCUUCUUUCGAGAAACUUCUAGAGAGGGCAGUGUCUUUGACAAAACUGUCCUUUCAAGAGUAGCUCGAGUGUGCAAGAAUGAUGUAGGGGGUCUGAGGAGCUUGACAAAUAAGUGGACAACAUUUCUUAAAGCCAGACUGGUUUGCUCCAUUCCUGGGCCAGAUGGUGUGGAUACACAUUUUGAUGAAUUGCAGGACAUGUUCCUGCUUUCAACAAAAGAUGAAAGAAAUCCCAUUGUCUAUGGAGUAUUUACUACUACAAGUUCUAUAUUUAAAGGUUCUGCAGUCUGCAUGUACAGAAUGGCUGAUAUACGAGCUGUCUUUAAUGGUCCGUAUGCUCAUAAAGAAGGCCCAGACCAUCGAUGGGUAGAAUAUGAGGGGAAAAUACCUUACCCACGUCCGGGAACUUGUCCAAGCAGAACCUAUGAUCCAUUGAUAAAGACAACUAAGGAGUUUCCUGAUGAUGUCAUCAGCUUCAUAAAAUACCAUCCUAUGAUGUAUCAGCCUGUCUAUCCCAUGACCGCAGAGCCUGUGUUCACUAGAGUAAAUGUGGACUACCAACUUACACAGAUUGUAGUAGACCGGGUUGGGGCAGAAGAUGGACAGUAUGAUGUUAUGUUUUUAGGCACAGAUGUAGGUACUGUUUUAAAAGUUGUGAGCGUGACAAAGGAGAAUUGGGUAACAGAAGAGGUUGUGCUUGAAGAGCUGCAGGUGUUCAAGGCUCCUUCACCCAUUUUAAACAUGGAAAUGUCUUCCAAACAGCAACAAUUAUUUGUCGGGUCCAAGGAUGGUCUUGUCCAGCUGUCCCUACACCGCUGUGACAUCUAUGGGAAGGUUUGUGCUGAGUGCUGCCUAGCAAGAGAUCCCUACUGUGCCUGGGAUGGGUAUUCCUGUUCAAGAUACAUCCCUGCUUCAAAAAGAAGAGCAAGAAGACAAGAUAUAAAACACGGGGAUCCUUCAAGCCAGUGCUGGGAUCUGGAGGACAGUAUGAGCAAUGAACUUGCUGAAGAGAAGCUAAUAUUUGGUGUUGAAUAUAACUCUACCUCUACCUUCCUAGAAUGUAUAAAGCCUGAUGAAAGAGUAAUGAAGACAGAGCUGGGCCUCCUGAUCCGAACGCUGCACAGAAAGGAUACAGGGACAUAUUACUGCACUGCCCAAGAGCACACCUUCACCCACACAGUCGUGAAACUCAAUUUAAAGGUCAUUGAGAAAGAGCAAAUGGAGAACACACAGAAGGCAGAAGAUGAAGAGGGACGUGCCAGAGAUAGUACACUGGAGUCCCGCAACAGAUAUAAAGAUUAUCUCCAGCUGCUAAGUAGCCCUACCUUCACCUUAGAUGACUACUGUGAGCAAAAGUGGCACCGUGAGAGAAGGCGGCAAAAGCACAGAGGGUCAGCUGGCAAAUGGAAACACAUGCAGGAGAUAAAGAAAAGCAGAAACAGAAGACACCACACUCGUCACCCGAGCCGCAAUCCUGAAGAUGCUGACACAUAAAUUAAUUUGCAUCUCAGGUAUUUUGUUAUCACCCAACAAGACGAUACACAUCAGUACUGUAUCACCUUGUGCACAUUCCUGAAGAAAAACUUAGGAUAUGUAGUUGAUAAAAUUGUAGUAUGAUAAGUCCGCUUCAACUGGACAUCAACUAAAGGGACCUUCAACCUGAAGAAUGUCUUUCAAGCUAAGGAACUAUUUUGUUUAACACAUCUGUAAUUUAAAGGCUAACAUCUUGGUCUGUAUUCAUGCUGUGUAAUUGUAUAUAUUCACACUUUUUCGAAGGGUAUGUGAGACCAAGCAUUCACAGGUGCUUUUUUGACUAACAAUUGGAGCUCAACUGUAACCAACAAGAUUGUUUUGUUGGUAUGAAACUUGUUUUAAUAUUGUUGUGCAAAUUCAAGGUGAUAUUUCGCAGCUGGUCAAGGAAAGUAUUAUCAUGCAGAAGACUUUUUUUUUUAAAUAAAAAUAAGCAAUUGUUUUCUAUAUAUUGCAAAUGUGUUUUUGUAUUUACUGUAUGACAAAUGAAAAACCGUUCAGCUGACCAAACACAUUUUGACUGUACAUAAUGAAGACGAUUCAGUUAAUUAGAAAUUUUAUCAGCUAUUUUUAUGUAUACAUUUAAUUGGUGAUGCCUUCAAUCAACUGCAGUUUCAGUAUUGGUCUAAUCAAAUGUUAAAACCCACACAGUAGUCUUUUAAAACGGUGCAUUUCCAGUGUUCUUCAAAUUAGUUCACAAUUAAUUAUUUAUACAGGUAGUGUGGAUGUAUUUCAAGGCCAGAAACACAUCACGUUUUCAAACUCACGUUAUACAGUAUGCCUAGAUUUUAUAAAUUCCCAUUAUAACUUGGCAAAUCUCCAAAAAUGCUGUAUUUUUAAUAGUUUGGUGUUAGCUUAUAUUUAGAGAAAGUUGGCUGGUGAUUUCUGUUAGACUGGCCACACUUUAUUUUAAUGGGAUUUUUUUUAUUGUUCAUUACUAGUUAAUAUUAAGCUUACUAACAAGUGUAGAUCAUUUCCUGUUAAUAAAGUAGUCAAGUUAUAUUGUAAUACAAACAUGUAUAGUUUUAUACAACAUGGUCACAUUUGAAAAUAAUUACUACAGUUACAUCUUUAAAAGUGUUUUUUUUACAAAUUUGACCUAAUUUUAAUAAUAUUAAUGACUUGAAGUUGACAGUUUUAGAUAACCCUUUUUACUAGUUUACUACUUAUACAGUAGACCCUCAUUAAUCCGUGUAGAUCGGGACUGAUUUGAGUCCGGAUUAGUGAAAAACAUGGAUUCACCGAAAUUGAGUUUACUGUUUGGGAAAUCUCUGCGCUAUUCAAAAAUUUGAAAAAUGCAAUACAGUAAUACAAAUCAAAUAUGUCCCAACAAUGGUCAAAAUGUAUACUGUACAUAAUUAGCAUUGUUCAGAGGCAAAGCGAGCUGGUUUAAAAAGGUUACUGAUCUUGCUCUGAGUCUUUAAUUGUCGUAACUGCUCUUCAUGUUUAGACUACCAGGCUAAGUCUUAAGUCUGCUUUCUGCUUGCUUGUCACCCGUUGCAGUAACUACAAUAUAGCACUGUCCAUUGGCUUGUACUAUACUGCACUUAAUUAAAUUAAGCAAAUAAAAUAAUUAAUAUUAAUGCAAAUAAGUUCUUAUAUAAUCCUGCAUUCUGAAUGCGUAUGUUUUUAGCUUUAUCUAUUUUUAAUGUUUAGUUUAUAUUGCACAUUGACCCCAAAAAGUUGUGAAACAGUUUAGAAACAUUUAUGUAAUAUAAAUAACCAAGCAUUUAUGAAUGCUUGUAAUGUGGCUGAUGCAAAAGCCACACCUGUGUAUAAGCCAAAAGAAUAAGUUUUAUAUUUAAAGUGCAUCUGUUCAAUGUAUACUUUUUUUGAGCAUGCUAAAGUGAAAUAUGAACCCUUUGUUGCAUACUAUUUAGACUGCACUGUUCAAUCCCUGUUGCUUGAUGUACACAAAGAUUAUGAGAGUGUAUGCUACAAAAGGUUAACAACAAACAAUGUAAUUCAAGCAAGGAAACAAUGUUGAUUUUAAAUAAACCUUUUU